GAAAUAGAGCCCACUAUCAGACAAGUCUCAGUAUUCAUACCAGUUCCAGUUCAACCCCACAUGUGCAAGUUGCACAUGUACUUUAAGACACCAGAACUACAGAUACAAUAUCUAACCUUGACUCUAUGACUGGAGAGUAACCCGGGUGAUCGUUCGACUACAAAGAUGGAGGACAUAGACACCAUGUUCACUGACCUGCUUGGAGAGAUGGACCUCCUAACACAGAGUCUUGGGUAUGAAACGGAUCCCUCAGAAAUGUCAUCCAGCAGUUCACAGAUAGAAAACAACUUCUCUAUUGGGUUCACAGAUUUGAAAGAAUCUCUAAAUGAGCUAGAGGAUCAUGACCUUGACGCUCUGAUGGCUGAUCUGGGGUCAGAUUUGACGGAGACAGAGGAGACACUGAAUGCAGCCAAGACGGGACAUGUCCACACACAACAGAACAAGUCUGGCUACUACACCGCGCAACAACAUCUCCAAGCACCUAUCCCCUCAUCCCAAAUGUCAUCCUCCUCUCUCCCUCCUGAACCCUCUGAACCACUGCUAGCGGGAGAGGCUGAAGCACAAGCCAAAGCUGACAAAAUCAAGCUGGCUCUGGAGAAGCUAAAAGAAGCCAAAGUUAAGAAGUUGGUGGUCAAGGUGAUGAUGAGCGAUGGCAGCUCCAAGACACUGAUGGUGGACGAGAGACAGACGGUGAGGGACGUGCUGGAUAAUCUGUUUGAGAAGACCCACUGCGACUGCAGCAUGGACUGGAGUCUAUGCGAGACCAACCCUGAACUGCAGGCUGAAAGGGGGUUUGAAGACCAUGAAUAUCUGGUGGAGCCUCUUUCCGCAUGGACACGAGACAGUGAAAACCAAAUCCUUUUCCUUCUGAGACCCAACAAAUAUCUCCUCUUCAAAGACCCCCAGAUAUUCUACCUAUGGAAGAAACAUAAACAAUUUAUGAAUGAGAUAAAAGAAUGCCAUAAGGAACUUCUGCUAAAGGAAAAUUUUGAGGGGCCGUCUCUCAUCGUCCCAGACCUGGAAGGGCCGCUGUAUCUGAGGGAGGACGGGAAGAAAUCGUGGAAACGUCGCUACUUCCUGCUGAGAGCUUCUGGGAUAUACUAUGUGCCUAAAGGAAAGACAAAGACAUCCAGGGACCUGGCGUGCUUCAUUCAGUUUGACAAAGUCAACAUCUACACCACCACUGAUUACAAACAGAAAUACAAAGCACCCACUGACUUCUGCUUCAUCCUCAAGCAUCCUCAGAUCCAGAAGGAGUCCCAGUACAUCAGGUUCCUGUGUUGUGACGAUGAGCACACUCUCUCCCUCUGGGUCAACUCCAUCAGAGUAGCCAAGUAUGGGGCCACCCUGUACCACAACUAUCAGACGGCAGUGAGGAGAGCCUUAACCACCACCUCCACUCUGCAUGUGACCAGUCUGCCUGUCUCCAGCCCUCCCACACAUUCUACUGGGCAUAUAGCAACAGUGAGGGCCAAUGGACACCCUGAUCAGGACUACCUCUCUGAACCGCCCCCAGACUUUAUUCCCCCGCCCCCUCCUGGGUGGGGCUCUGGGGUCUAGGGAUGGAGCUCCGCCCACUCACCCAUGACUACUGUAGAGGACGUUCUCAACCUACCUACCUACAGACAGACAGGCCCAGUGUUCAUGGACCAGAGCGAUGCUUGCAAAAAUAGCACCUCGGGAGGUGACAGGCCCUGCUCCAAUACUUCAAAAUGCAUUCUUCCUUUCUUCCCUCCUUCUUUAAGUAACUGAUCUGACAAGAUAUGAUUGGACAACAUAAUGUAGUGAAGACAUUUCCAAACCAGUGACUGAUGGGAACGGGGGGAUACCUAGUCAGUUGCCUAGUCACAACUGAAUGCAUUCAACCGAAAUGUGUCUUCCGCAUUUAACCCAACCCCACGAUGCAUGUUCUUGAGUUAUUUAUGUAUUGAUUGAAUAAGUCAGAAUUAAUAAAACCUAAGUUAACCACA